CUCCCAGUCUAGAAGCGGCAACGACUUAUAAUCGUCGCGGAUCGACCGGAAAGUCUUCGUGCGCCCUCCCUUCACAGCUAGAUGUGGCGGUGUCCGUAAAUGCCGCCGGCGCCUAAGACGUCGGCCCCCCGGUCGAGAAGCAGCCUGGCCACCGCCUCGUACCCUCCCUCAGAGGCUAGAUUCAGCGACGACUCUCUGUCCAAAUUGGCAGCCGAUACGUCGGCUCCCUGGUCCACCAGUAGUCGAGCUAUCGCCUGGUGUCCUCGCUUCGAGGCAAGGUGCAGUGGUGUCUCCUGUUUCUUGUCGGUGGCCGAAAUGUCGGCUCCGCGGUCUAGCAGCAGCUUGGCGAUUGUCUCGUGUCCUUGCCACGAGGCCAGGUGCAGCGGCGUUCAUUCAUGAGUGCCAACGGUGGCUGCGACAUCGGCUCCACGGUCUACCAGCAACUGGACUACCACCGCAUGCCCACCCUCUGAGGCCAGGUGCAGUG